GGUGCGGCCUUGCAGGUAUCAGACUACAGUUUCAUGCAUUCCCAAAUAGGGCUACUGGGUCCUUCCAGUAGAUGGCAGUAAAUACGAACGUAUCAUUUACAGGGUUACAACCACUAGAUUAGACACGAAAACUGAAGCAACGCAAGGUAGGAGUCUUCGUGUUACGUUUGUAUAAAAGUAUAACAAAAUAACUCAAGACAUUAAGGAUAGCGCUGACAUAUUGAUUCGUUCUUUACAGACUUUUUGAUUAAUAUCGUAUGUCAGCGAAACAUGCGGGCUGUUGCGUGAAAAAAAAACGAGCUAAAACUUGGGUUGUUAGGAUAUAUUCAUUAUUAAGACGUUAUGUGAUGUUCGUAUACGUCAGUGUUGCCAUAGAUACGUUUGUGUCUAAAACACAAGCAUCAUUUAGUUUUAGUGUCAGGGGAGGUACAACUACAUAAACGAUGGCGGAGAAAAAGUUCAAAGGAGCCCCGUUUGGAACACAGAUGGCGAGGUUUGACGUGUCAGCGGUCCAUCCAGCCAAUAAGAGAGCAGGGACCUAUACUGAGAUACCCUACUGUAAGAAGAUGACCAAUGAGCUGGAGAGACGGCUGGGCCCGGGGUCAUAUGAUGUUGCAAGCCACGGGGACUUCAGUGUACGGUCGGUGUCAGAGCGGGCCAAAGGGCUGGGUUGGCAGAGAGCCCAGGAGACAGCCAGGCUGGCAGCCAUAUGUAAUCCUUUCCAAAGGGGUGCCUGGGAGAGCAAACGUUUCCUGACUACUAAACUUGGCCCAGGAAGCUACAGAACAGGAGAUUUCAUAGAGAAACUUCAAAAGAAACCAGGCAGUGUGAGAGGAGUGUGUGACACCAGGGAAGAGAGGUUCAGAAAGGCUCAGAGCUGCACGCCAGGCCCUGGCUGCUAUGGUAAAGGGGGUGUUCCAUGGGCUGCGCUGGAGGAGAAAAGGGUGGGGUCAAACAGAGCUACCAAUAUGCACUUCAGCUCCUCGCUGAAACGCUUCCCUGAAGCCAGCGCUACGGAUUCAGGUCUGAGUCCCUGUACCUACACUCUGAAAAGCAGCACAGAGUUGUUGCUGGCAAGUGGCACCAGCAAGAGAGGGCCUUAUGACCUCUUCACUGGAUCAAGAGACAAACCCAUCACCGGGUUCUACGCUGUCCCGAAGCAUGUGAACCUGACUUCAGGGCGGGCCCCUGUGGUGAGUCCACCACUCGGGGAGGAGCCGGGGGGCCGCCAAAAGCCGAAUCACGGCAAGUUUGGAACGCUGGCUCAGUACCCAGCCAUGCCAACGGAGAGAAUCUACUGCAGCACUUUGUCCCAAUGCCCUCGCCCUGCCACGUCCCCGGGUCCAGGGUGGUAUGAGGGUGUGCCCCCCAAGUCCCGGCCAACGUGUCACCCCCCCCCCCCCUUCCUCUGCUCUGCGUCCCGCACCAGCCCCAGGACAGAGAGACUGCAGAAUGGAAAUUACGGCACGGUUGGUCCCGGGCGUUACAACAUUGCAGGAAAGGGGCAGAGCAAGAAGGCCAAAUGCCCAACGUCCUCCUUCAGUUCCCGGACGCAGAGAUACCUUCACACUCCGGAGAGAGACAAAUACGCACAGGAGAGGCUGCGUGCUGUGAAUGUUCCUGUGGACAGGCGGAGUUUCUUAGUUCCGCCCCGAAGGGACCUUUUCAUGACAGCAGCUUAGAUACUCAACCCGCCAAGCCACACCCACUGAAGACGUUACC